AUGAAGGUGAAAAGGGUUGCAGUGAUUGGAGCUGGGGCCAGCGGAUUGGGUGCCAUGAAGAGCUGCUUGGAGGAGGGUCUCGAGCCUUUGUGCUUUGAAAAGAGCAAAGACAUUGGAGGAGUGUGGAGAUAUGAGGAGACACCUGAAAGCGGAAGGCCUGGGCUUUACAAGUCUGUGACCUUAAACACUUCCAAGGAGAUGACAGCCUUCAGCGACUACCCUUUCCCUGAUCAUUACCCCAACUAUCUGCACCACUCCAGAAUGAUGGAGUAUCUCAGGAUGUACACCAAGCACUUUGGUCUGAUGAAAUACAUCCAGUUCCUGUCCAAAGUGUGUGCUGUGAGGAAGCGCCCUGAUUUUUCAUCCUCUGGCCAGUGGGAUGUUGUGGUAGAAGCUGACGGAAAGCAGAAAACCUAUACCUUUGAUGGGGUCAUGAUCUGCAGUGGUCGUUACACAGAGAAGUACUUGCCCUUACAGGAUUUUGCAGGGAUCCAGAAUUUCAGCGGCACAUAUCUCCACAGUUGGGAGUACAAGCAUCCAGACAGUUUUGUGGGGAAAAGAGUGGUCGUGAUUGGCCUCGGGAAUUCGGGAGUAGAUGUGGCUAGCGAGAUCAGCCAUGUCGCUGAACAGGUUUUCCUCAGCACGAGACAAGGUGCAUGGAUCUGGAGCCGGGUUUGGGAUCAUGGAAAUCCCAUGGAUGCCACCCUCUUCACUCGUUAUAACAGAACAAUUGAAAAAAUCAUUCCCACAUUUCUGCUCAACAGAUGGGCAGAGAACAAAUUAAAUGCAAGAUUUAACCAUGCCAAUUAUGGGCUGCAGCCCAAACACAGAAUUUUUAGCCACCGAACUGUUUUUAGUGAUGAUCUGGCAAAGCACAUAAUUACCGGGAGAGUGCUGAUGAAACCAAACGUGAAAGAGUUCACGGCUACAUCCGCCAUCUUUGAGGAUGGCACCGAAGAAGACGUAGACGCCAUUGUCUUUGCCACAGGCUACUCCUGGACCGCCCCUUUCCUGGAGGCUGACUCAGGAAUCCUGGACAGCCAGCACUCCUUGUUUAAAUUUGUCUUCCCCCCUCAGCUAGAGAAACCAACUCUAGCUUUCAUUGGUGUGGUUCAGCCAGUAGGCCCCCUCAUUCCCUCAGCAGAAAUCCAAAGCCGAUGGGCUGUUCGCGUAUUCAAGGGACUGAAAAUAUUACCUUCCGAAAGUGACAUGAUGGCGGACAUCAACAGAAGCAGAAAGAAAAUGACAAACACGUCUGUGCAAAGCCCAGGAGAAGGACAACAAGUGCAGUACAUCAACUACAUGGAUGAAAUUGCUUCUGAGUUAGGUGUCAAGCCCAACCUGUUCUCGCUCUUCCUCUGGGAUCCAAAACUGGCCAAGGAGAUUUUCUAUGGGCCCUGCACCUCAUAUCAGUACCGUCUACAGGGGCCUGGGAAAUGGUGCAGGGCCCGGAAGGCCAUCCUCACCCAAAGAGACCGGAUGCUCAAACCUCUGAGGACCCGUGUGGUCACACCCUCUGGGUCUCUUUCCUCUAGUCUGCUCGGGGCCAAGUGUAUCUGUGCUGUCAUUUUUCUCUCUGCUCUCUUGUUAUUCAUCAUCUAAAUGAUACAUCUGUAAGCUCACAUUGACAUAGAUGUGUAUGCAAAUACAGAAGAACAAGUUACUGUUAUUUGAAUUGUAUCAAAAUGAAGACA